UUCGUCAGUUGAACCGCUCGCGAGGAGGGUUGCCAGUGGAGAAGCAACCUUGACCAUGGACCAGCCGGCCGGCCUGCAGGUGGACUACGUCUUCCGGGGUGUGGAGCAUGCCGUGCGGGUGAUGGUUUCUGGGCAGGUGCUGGAGCUGGAGGUGGAGGACCGGAUGACGGCUGACCAGUGGCGGGGCGAGUUCGAUGCUGGCUUCAUUGAAGAUUUGACUCACAAGACAGGGAACUUCAAACAAUUCAACAUCUUCUGUCAUAUGCUGGAGUCAGCCCUCACUCAGAGUAGUGAGUCAGUCACCCUGGACCUGCUGACCUACACAGACCUGGAGUCCCUGCGGAACCGCAAGAUGGGGGGCCGCCCAGGCUCCUUGGCCCCCAGAUCGGCCCAGCUCAACUCCAAGCGCUACCUGAUCCUCAUCUACUCUGUGGAGUUUGACAGGAUUCACUACCCGCUGCCCCUCCCGUACCAGGGCAAGCCAGACCCUGUGGUUCUGCAGGGCAUCAUCCGGUCACUGAAGGAGGAACUGGGCCGCCUGCAAGGGCUGGACGGCCAGAACACUCGGGACACCCGGGAGAGUGAGAUCUGGCGCCUGCGGGAGCAGGUGUCGCGCCUGGCGUCCGAGAAGCGGGAGCUGGAGGUGCAGCUGGGCCGAUCGCGCGAGGAGCACUGGGCGGGGCCAGCGAGGGCCAGCGCUCACGCCCUCCGUCUCCCUCUAGUGGAUAGUUUCCGCAGCCGCUGCUCGUCUGCCAGCUCCUGCAGCGAUUUGGAGGAUUUCUCUGAGUCGCUCUCCAGAGGGGGUCACCGCCGCCGUGGGAAGCCUCCCGGCCCAACGCCCUGGAGUGGGUCCAAUACGAAGUCCACCCCCGUGCAACGCAGCCACCAUCAGAAAUCUCUGGCCAACUCUGGGGGCUGGGUCCCCAUCAAAGAGUACAGCUCGGACCACCAGGCGGCUGACAUGGCCGAAAUAGACGCACGCCUGAAGGCCUUGCAGGAGUACAUGAACCGACUGGAUAUGCGGUCAUGAUGUGGAGAAGGGGUACUGCCCCUCCAUUCCCCACCCACUUGCUGGGUAUGGCGUGGGGGGUGGGGCCAGGGUAGCCUCCAGCCCUGCCCAGGCCCUGCCCUGGCCCCACCCCGGCCCCGCCCCUCCUGCUGUCUCUGUGGUCUCAGGUGUGUGAGGCUCUGACCCUGCCCUCUCCCCAGGCAGUGCAUGCUGGGAAAGAGGAUGUGUGCAUUUUGUAAAUAAACAUUUUUGCCCUGGGG